AUGGCACCACCCUCGCCGCGACGAUCAUCCAGAGCUCGCACGCUGGCUUCUCAUUCUCAACAAUCCCUCUCAUCGACCAAUUUUACCCGUCUCGAACGACAUACUCGAUCCCUUAAUCGACCCCCGUCAGGAAAAUCCACGCCCAGUGCAUCUGUGUCGUCCGAUCCACUCGACGAUAUAGACGAUACGCUACUUGGCCGGAGGCGAAAGCGCGGCCACGACGACGAGCAAUACAAGGGCUUGCGAAACGAGACUCUCGACAUGUCCAACGAACCAGACCCUCUGCAAGAUGAAGAGGACGAGGCGGUUCGGUGCAUCUGCGGCUGCGAAGAUUACCCCGGCCGUCCUCCUGUUGAUGGCUCAGACGCCCACUUCCUCGCUUCAAUUGAACUAAGUGAAGAUGUGACCGGGUUUUUUGUGCAGUGCGAUAUUUGCAAAGUAUGGCAGCACGGAGCAUGUGUCGGCAUAUUUAGCGCUGAGAGCUCUCCUGAAGAGUACUUCUGCGAACAAUGCCGAAAAGAUCUUCACAAAAUACAAACAGCAAAUAACGGACAAAAAUACUCCAAGUAUCUACCUCUGAGUCGGCCUGCCCGAACUUCAUCUCGAGCUACAUCUAUAGCAAAAGACGGUGCUCGAUCGCCCAGGUUGGGAAGUGCUAAAUCCAUUCGGUCUCAAUCAACGUCGCAGAUAUCUAAACGACGAUCUACGAUGAACAGCCGCGACGCAGCUUAUGACGAUGAACAGUUACGACGGGCAAUUGAAGCGAGCAAGGAAGAGGUUGGUCAAGACGGAACAGAGAGUGUUAUCAGGCGUACAAAACGGGUACGCAGCAACAGCGAAGAGAACAAUGUAACUGUUAAAAGGCAACGCACAAAUUCGCAGUCUCCUUCGCCACCACCAAAACCGAUGGACACCAUCAGCCAAGAAAAUACGGAUGACGAAAGCAAUGGUCGCAGUGAACAGAAGAGACCACGUACCUACAAAGGCACGGAGAAAUCAGAUAAAGAGGAGAAAGAUCGUCUGCGGCAAGAGAAUGCGAGUAAACGAAAGGGGCGGGCCGAUAGGCGACGCACUGAAGAUUCCGAUGUAUCAGAAGAAGUCAACCUGCCGUCCACGAAGGCUCCCAUUGCGAAGAGUGCAGAGCCAUUGACUUUCCCGGAACCAGCGCCAGUACCGUCCCCUGUUCCCGGAACCCCUCCUGCAAAUCACUCGUCAACUGCAAACGCACAUAAGCGAACCUCACGGAGCAAUCACAAGAAGGGCAAAGGGAAAAACCAAUACACAAAGGAUCGAAAUGCGGAACUUGAACAUUCGCCAGCCCGAUCUGUAUCGCGAGACGCCCAAAGAGCGACCAAUGCGACAACAUCUACGCAUGCUAAGCAUACCAGCGAUCAUAAGGGCAGCUCAAAAACCAAAUUGGGCAUUGCAGGUAGGAUGAGCAUGCUGGAUAUGAAGCGGCGGGUAGCUGCGAUAAUGGACUUCAUCUCUAGAACUCAGGUCGAUUUAGCAGCUGAAGCGACGCUGGAUCGCAGCAAUAACUCAACGAAUCAGCACUCACAAGACCCUACCACAUCCCCAACCGACACUCCCAUAUCCAAGGACUUCAAAGAUCUAAGUUGCAUCGAAAUGAUGGAUGUUCUUACACGAGAUAUGGUUAAGUGGCAAAAUCAAUACGCGUAA